AUGGCACAGGGAAAUACAACACUGCUGACAGAAUUUGUUCUCACAGGACUCCGUCAUCUGCCCCAGUGGAAAAUCCCCCUGUUCCUGUUCUUCUUGCUCAUCUAUCUCAUCACCAUUGUGGGCAACCUGGGUCUGAUCACUCUCAUCUGGAAUGACCCCCACCUUCACAUCCCUAUGUACUUAUUUCUUGGGAGUUUAGCUUUUGUGGAUACUUGUUUAUCAUCCACAGUGACACCUAGGAUGCUGCUAGACUUUUUUGCCAAGAAUAAACUGAUCUCUUUCUCUGAAUGCAUGAUACAGUUUUUUUCAUUUGGAAUCAGUGCAACCACAGAAUGUUUUCUCUUGGCAGCAAUGGCGUAUGAUCGCUAUGUAGCCAUAUGCAAUCCUUUACUCUACCCAGCAAUCAUGACAAAUAGACUCUGUGUGCGUCUUUUGACAUUGUCCUUUUUAGGUGGAUUCAUUCAUGUUUCAAUUCAUGGAGUCUUUUUAUUCAGACUAAGUUUCUGUAACCCUAACAUAAAUCACUUUUAUUGUGAUAUUAUGCCAUUGUUAAAGAUUUCCUGCAAUGACACUUCUCUCAAUUUCCUGAUGAUUUUUAUUUUCUCUGGCUCUAUUCAGGCAUUCAGUAUUUUGACUAUUCUUGUCUCUUACACACUUGUUCUGCUUUCAAUCCUAAAGCAGAAAUCUAUCAAAAGCAUAAAGAAAGCCUUCUCCACCUGUGGAGCCCAUCUCCUCUCUGUGUCUUUGUACUAUGGGUCUCUUCUCUUCAUGUAUAUGCGUCCUGCAUCUGCACAAGUAGAUGAUCAGGAUAUGAUGGACUCUGUAUUUUACACUGUCAUAAUUCCUGUACUCAACCCAAUUAUCUACAGUUUGAGGAAUAAGCAAGUAAAAAAUUCACUGGAGAAAUUCUUAAAGAGAAACACUUAG